AUGCUCACAUAUAAAUCUUACGACGAUGUUGCCUGGGCAAUAAGCACCCAGAUCUGGAAGGACUGGCCAGAACUUCUUCGCACUGAUGGGGACAUCUACAAUGAUAUCGGAAUUAUUCUUUCUGAACAGUUCAGUGACCUUGAAUGGGAACUUUUCGAAUUCCUUUCCACUGGUGGUUUCAAUGUCUGUUUCAAGAUGAAUUUCACCAAUAACUUUGGCGCUGUGAUACGGUUCCCACUGCCCGGUGCUGUGAUGUUUCCUGAAGAAAAAGUUCGCAACGAGGUCGCUGCUAUGCAAUUUAUCUUGGAGAAAACUUCAGAUAAAAUACCAAUUCCAGUGCCUUCUGUCUUUCGCUCGACAGAGACAAAAGAGAGUCCUUCAGACCUAGGUCCUUUUAUCAUCAUGAACUAUAUCCAACACAAAGGUAGUAUGGGUGAUCUUCUUGAGACUCCGGGACGCCAAGCAGGAGAAACUCCUGUGCUUAAUCUAGGCCUUGAGCUAGCCAGACUGGAAUCUCUCUAUAGAGAACUGGCCAAGAUUUCUCUUUCAAUGGCGACACUUUCUUUGAGCCGGAUAGGAUCUCUGCACAAGAAUAACAAUUCUAUAUGGGAAGUAUCAUGCCGUCCACUAUCCUACUCUAUGAACGAAAUUGUUCAGUUAGGGACGCUGCCUCGAUCAGAACUACCGACCACUACUUAUGAUAAAGCUUCAUCAUACUUUGAAGCCCUGGCGGAGUUACAUAUUUCGCAUCUCAAAAGCCAAAGAAAUGAGGCUGAUAUUGAGGCUGAUAUUGACAUUGAUAUCUUGGCGGAUGAUUUCCGGCGCAAAUUUGUUGCUAGAUUUCUCUUCCGAAAACUUGUUCGAGACCCAGAGCGAAGGCAGCAAUGGAUAUUGCAUGAUAAUGGCCCAUUCCCAGUAUGGUGUGACGAUUUUCGACCAGAAAACGUUCUAAUUGAUGAAACCGAGAAAGUUAUCGGAGUCGUGGAUUGGGAGUUUACCUAUACUGCUCCAGUUGAAUUUUCUUAUGCACCACCUUGGUGGCUGCUGCUUAAAAAGCCAGAAGAUUGGCCUGGAGGCCUGGAUGAAUGGUGUGCAGAGUAUGAGAAACCGCUUCGGACGUUUCUUGAGGCAAUGCGAAAAUGCGAAGAUGAGGCAAUUCAGAAAAAAAAGCUACUUGAGAGCCAGCGGCUGUCUAGUCAGAUGCGAGACAGCUGGCAGAGUGGAAACUUCUGGAUCAUGUACGCUGCAAGGCAUAAUUUUGCCUUCGAUGCCAUAUAUUGGAAAAAGAUUGAUCAGCGGUUCUUUGGGAAGACACCAAAUACAGACGGCAAUCAUUGUGAUGUAUGGCGCAAGAGGCUUCAUCUCUUAGAACCUGGAGAAAAGAAACUGAUGGAGGAAUAUGUGGCUUUAAAGCUCAAAGAGAGGAACAUAGUGCGUCUCAAUUGGGAUCCAGAUGAGUACACUGUGGGGUGGAUACAACGGAUGAAGGAGAUCAGAUGGAAGGAGAUGGAGAGGGAGGAGAAGGAAAAGACAGAGAGGGUGUCACCGCCAAGCCAGGACGGCUAG